CUUGUUUUCGUCAUCAUCACACACACAAACAUUCACAACAAUGUUGUUCUUCUUACAAGACUCAUCACUCUUCAACUACUCUCUCUUCACUCUCUUCCUCAUAGCACCACCAACCUUCAUCUCUCUCACAUUCCUCCAAGCUCCAUACGGUAAAUACUAUCGACCUGGUUGGGGUCCAAAUCUCUCUCCACCUCUUGCAUGGUUCCUCAUGGAAAGUCCAACACUCUGGUUUACCCUUUAUCUCUUUCCACACGGUAAAAACUCCUCGAACCCAAAAUCAAUAAUCCUCAUAACCCCUUUUCUUGUUCAUUACUUCAACCGCACUGUCAUCUACCCUCUUCGUUUAUUUCUCACAAAAACAACAAAAAACCCAUCUGGGUUUCCUUUUAGUAUUGCUGUUAUGGCUUUUUUGUUCAAUUUGUUGAAUUCUUUUGUUCAAGCUAGAUGGGUCUCUCACUACAAAGAUUUUGAUGAUCAUCAUGGUAAUGGAUGGUGUUUUUGGGUUGUGUUUUUGUGUGGGGUUUUUGUGUUUUUUGUUGGGAUGAUGAUUAAUGUUUGGUCGGAUACGGAAUUGUUGAGGCUUAAAGGUGAAGGGAAAGGGUAUGUGAUACCCAAAGGAGGGUUAUUUGAGUUUGUGAGUUGUCCUAAUUACUUUGGGGAGAUUGUGGAGUGGUUUGGUUGGGCUUUGAUGACUUGGUCUUGGGCUGGAUUGGGCUUUUUUAUCUAUACUUUUGCUAAUUUAGGGCCUAGAGCACGUGCUAAUCAUCAGUGGUAUUUGGAGAAAUUUGGAGAGGAUUAUCCUAAGAAAAGGAAAGCUGUUAUUCCUUUUUUAUAUUGAUUUAUUUUUUUAGAGGAUGUAUUGAUUUUUAUUAUGAACUGUUGUAAUUGGGGUUUAUUGUAUUGUAUAUUGGGGUAUAUUGUAAUGUAUGUUUUGAAGGGUAAAGAUUAAUGAGAAUGUGUUGCUGAAUCAUUGCAUGGAGACUUGGUUAUAUUGGAUUGAUUGAUGUGGAGGAACACAACUCAUAAGAUAUUGAUGAGUUUGUAACAGCAGCCAUAAAGAAUAUUGAUUUGAUGGUUUUUUUUUAUUGUUGUUAUGGAAUGGAAAAUGGUGAAGGGUUAUCUUUGUGUGUGAAAAAAAGCAUCACACACAAAGUUCCCAAUUCAAUUAUGAUUUGAGAACUUAAGAAUGAACUAUUGGGUUCUUCAUGUUUAGGUAACUCACGACUGUCAAAAUUCUCAAUUCAAUUAUGUCAGAAUAAAUGAACAAUAUCUUAAUUUGAAGCUA